AUGAAAAGAAAAAGAAGGGUCUCUACUCCUGAAGUCACGCCUACUCCACCAAAGAGAUCCAAGUCAUCUCCUGUAACCUACAAAUCUAGACAAGCAAGUGUGAAGGAUAAGGGAAAGCAAAAGACUGUCAAGACUCCAAGUGAGAAGAAGAAAAGGAAUAUUUCAGUUGAUGUUGAAGACUCUGAGUCAGAUGCUGAAGCCGAUGUCCAGGACAUCCGACCCUCUGAGAAGAAGAAGUUUUUUGGGUCGUGGAGUAAAAGUAGACAGUUGGCUAUAUUGAGGUGCGAGUUGGGUGGCAAGUACAAACCGUACAAGUCUGAGUUGAAGCAGAAGGAGACAGGAACCAAGAAAUGUGAUUCUCCGUUUAGGCUCAAGGAGAGACGCACAUCAGAAGAUGGUUUGUGGAGGUUGACUGUUGUAUGUGGAGACCACAACCAUAAGCCCGCUGAGAAUCUGCUUGGCCAUGCCUAUGUCGGUCGCCUUACAAGUGAAGAAAAGGAGAUGGUGGGUAAAAUGGUUGGAAAUAAAGUCAAGCCAGGUAACAUGCUACUGGCAUCGAAGAGUGCCAACCCUCAAAAUCUGACUACCAUACGACAAGUCUACAAUGAGCGGAUGGCACACCUGAGGGCCAAGAGUGGCGUUGAUAGAGAUCCAACACUUGAUGAGGUUGUUGGAGGAAGAGAGUUGUUCAACCAAUUUCCUACUAUUGUCUUGCUUGAUAGCACGUACAAGACCAACAAGUAUAGGAUAUCGCUUUUGGAGAUGGUUGGUAUGACUUCAGUUGGAUUCACACACACCAUCGGGUUUGGCUACAUGUGCAAUGAGCGUGAACCUGAAGUUACAUGGGCGCUUCAAAAGCUGAGGGGGUUGAUACUUAGGGAGGAGGAUAUGCCUAAAGUCAUGGUUACUGACAGAGAGACUGCUUUGAUGAACACAGUUGAAGCCACAUUCCCUACAAGUACUCACUUACUAUGCCAAUUCCAUAUUGCUAAGUGUGUGAAGGCAAAUUGCAAGCUUGCUAUCCAACUGAAGGAGGUGUGGGAUGAUGUCGGGGACGCAUGGAAUAAAUUCAUGUAUUCUGAAUCAGCGGAGGAGUUUAAUGCUAGUAUGCACUUCUUGCGUGCGCUAACUGGGGAGCACUCUGAGUUCAUGCAAUACGUCAAGGAUACUUGGUUGUCGGUUAAGCAUAAGUUUGUGAAGGUUGAAGGUGCACAUGCAAAACUCAAAGCGUGCAUCAAAGAUAGCAAAAGUGGCAAGUGUGCGGCUUGGGCAGCUAUACAUAAGUGCACACUUCUCCAACAUACAAAGAUUAAUGCUGAUUUUCAGGCAAGUAUAUUCAUCAGGGAGCAUACAUUCAAGGAGAAGUUGUAUGACAACUUGUGUGGUUUAGUCUCAAAGGAGAAAGUGCGUGUUGGAAAAUGCGGUUGUACUAUCAGGCUUACAACAACAGCUGCACCUGAUGAAUCCCAACCUGUUAUGGGAUUGAGCAUUACAACAGAGUUGGAGGUCAUUCCGAAGAUGUUUGAAGAGGCUAAUGUUCUGAGGAUACAAGCUAUCAAAGAGAGGCUUCGACAGAUUGCAUACCAAGAUCAGACUUCUUUGUAUCCUCCUCCAAACAAGUUGCCUACCAAGGGCCGGCCUGGUGAACUUAAGGGUUCAACCAGACGUCUUCCUUCAAAGUGGGAGCAUGUUGAUAAUCUAUUUCAAUCACUAAAAGAGCAACUCAACCCUUCCUAA